AUGGCACCCUCAAAAGAAGUUGUUGCUACUGGCUCUACUGCCGUCGCGCCUGCGAUUGACCCUGAUCAGACCCUUAAAGCUUCAAAGGCCCUUCUGGCACACAUCAAGAAGGCUUCCAAGCAAAAGACUGAAGAGUCUGGCAAGCGCAACCUCCUCGACGACGAUGAAGACUCGAACAUCCCCGUCUGGCUCAACUUGACCACCAAGCGCCACAUCGUCGACAAGGCCCGUCUGCAGCCCGGCAAGAUCUCUCUCCCUCACUCGCUCAACGCCGAAGAGACCACCAUCUGCCUCAUCACCGCCGAGCCUCAGCGCGCAUACAAGAACAUUGUCGCCUCAGAGGAGUUCCCUGCUGAACUCAGCAAGCGCAUCACUCGCGUCAUCGACUAUGGCAAGCUCAAGGCCAAGUACGGCCAGUACGAGGCCCAGAGGAAGCUUUUCGCUGAGGCAGACAUCUUCCUUGGCGACGACCGUAUCAUCAACCGGUUACCCAAGAUCCUAGGCAAGACUUUCUACAAGACAACACAGAAGCGACCUGUUCCUGUCAACCUGCAGGCCAGGGCCCCCAAGGUUGACGGAAAGCGACAGAAGCGUGUCAAGACUGAGGGUACUGUCAACGCUGGCACACCGGCUCAGAUCGCCAAGGAGGUUCAGAAGGCCGUUGACUCUGCCUUCGUCAGCCUGACUCCUUCUACAAACACAUCCAUCCGAAUUGGAUACUCCGGCUGGACUGCCGAGCAAAUCGCUGACAACGUUGAUGCCGUCGUUACUGGGAUGAUCGAGAAGUGGGUUCCUCAGAAGUGGCGUAACAUGAAGAGCGUCUACAUCAAGGGUCCCGAGACCACCGCUCUUCCCAUCUGGCUGACUGAUGAACUCUGGGUUGAUGAGAAGGAUGUUAUUGCCGAGGACGAGGCCGCCAAGGAGAAGGCCAACAUCGGCAAGAAGCGCAAGUCGCUCGAUAACACUGAGGAGACCGAGGCCCCCGCGCCCACCAAGAAGGCCAAGAAGCAGAAGCAGGCUCCUGACGGUGACGAUGAUAAGCUCGACAAGCAGAUCUCAGACCGCAAGACCCGCUUGAGGAAGCAGAAGGCGUCGGCCAAGCAGGCUAUUGACAACUAA